AUGUGGGGGAAAAAGAGUUUCUUGGUGGUUACUGGUGCGAGUCGCGGGAUCGGUCGUGAAAUCGCCAUAAAGUUCUCCUCGAAACUGGGUGCGGGUUCGAAAGUCGUUUUGAUCGCGAGAAGUACUUCUGGGCUUCAUGCCACUCGUAACCUGAUACUUGCCGUGACGAACAAAACUGCAAAUCCCGUCGGUGUGACCGUGGCCUCGGUGGACUUGUCCAACUCUGCGGGCAUCGAAUUCAACGACAUUAUGGAAGAAGGCUGCGACUUGGAUUCACCCGAGACUUUUGACAGCGCUAUCAUGGUGCACAACGCAGGAACACUCGGCACAGUGCACAAAAAGCGUGACUUGCGCCGCAACAAGUUUCACAAAGGGCCGGAAGUGAAAAAGACACUCGUGAAUAUAACGAGUCUCGCGGCUCUGAAGCCAUUUCCCGGCUGGUCCAUGUACUGCUCAGCUCGGGCAGCCCGCGAAGCUCUUUUCCGCAAUCUUGCCGCCGAAGAGCGCGACGUUAUGGUCCUCAACUACUCCCCGGGGCCUGUGGAAACAGAGAUGAUGACGCAGGUCUUGGAACAGAGUUUGCCUGAGAUCAAGAGCGCCAUGAAGGAAACGACGAUCUUGACAGUUGACCAGACUGUCUCGAGGCUUAUAUCCAUCCUGGAUAAAGGCAUAUUCAGCAAGUCAGGAGCUCGGGUUGACUACUUUGAUGACAUUGUUUAGUUUAUCAUGCUGCAGCUGCUGCAUGUUUGAGACAGUCCAUCUGCUUUCCUUUUUUUUUUUUUUUUUGGGUGGAUCAGUGAUGACGGUAAUUAAUUGCUGGUGGUGUUAGGUGUUUCCCAAUAGGUGGUCCACGGACCAGCGCUGGUUUGCAGAAGUUUUUUUGCCAGUCUGAAGAAAAUUUUCUUCAGCAUAAUAAAUUCAUCAAAAGUAGCAAUGAAGCCUGUUGUCUUUGUAUGAAAUUUUGGAAAGACAAUGGCAGUUGAAAUUAUCUGAUAAAAAAGAAAGGUUAGCUUUUCUCUUAAUACACUUUGAACAAAUUUUCACCUGUUAUAAAUUAAAUAAACUAUUGUAAUCUGUCAUUGUGAUAAACCUUUCUUCAAGCCUACCUUUCUAAUUUUUUGAAGACAGGAUUCCACUUCUGCUUCUUCAUUGGUUCUUACUUAGAUUUAAAAAAAAAAGCUUUUUAAAGAACUUCCAUGAAGUCUUUUGAGCAGAGCAUUUUCAAGUAUGAAAAAUGGUAUUAAAUUUUCCCAGUCCGCAGAAAAUUCUUCGGAAAUUUGCUGGUCUGCAAAAAAUUAAAAAAAAAUGUCCCAGUCCGCGGACCAAAGAGGUUGGGCAACAGGGUGAACUCCGGAAUUUACUGUAUUGUUUUCUCAUCCGAAACUAUAAUUCAUCAGAAAAGCUUAAUUUUUGUUGCUGUUUUGCAUUCCAGGCGUUUCUCCGAAAUAUGGGAUGAAUUCCGGUCGUUGAAUUCCCUUGUUCCACGCGUCUUUGCAAAAAGUGUACAUGAAAUCCAUUUGAACUCUUUGCACGUUUCUUAAAAAAAGAAAACGCGACUCUGCUUGUAGGUAUUUCUACGCAUUUUCCGGACGAGGGAUUUUUUGUGCAGUAUUCCGUUUGACGUUGUGAUGCAAAAUAUUGGUUAAUAAAGCGAUUGAAGCUCUUA